AGAGAGAGAGACACAAACACACACACAGAGGUCACAGUGUGGAUUUGGAUUCAACAGAGGAGCAGAAAUAAAAUCUAAUCAAGUGAGAAGACAGGGAAAAUAGAAACAAAGGCAAAAAAUACUGCGUGAAGAAAAAUACAAGAGACAGAAAGAGAGGUUUAGAGAGAGUGAGAGAGCUACAGAGAGAGAGAGAGAGAGAGAGAGUGAGCGAGAGAGAGAGAGAGAGAGAGAGAGAGAGAGAGAGAGAGAGAGAGGCAGAGCUCCCUAACUCCAGUGAUUCCCAGACUGGCUGGCAGUAAGCUCUGUGCUCUGAUCUGCCCGCUCUGAUGGGGUUUCAUGCCCUCGCCAGCAGUGUUGGGGAUCCUGAGGGCAACACAGGUUCCUGCUGCUGAUCUUGGCCUCUCCAAUUCAUACCUAUUGAAAAUAUCCACCUACACAGAUGAGAGUCAGAACAGCUCAUGACAACCCCAAUGAUGGCUAAUGGAUCAUCAACCAAUGACAGUCGAUAGAAUCCAAAGGGGGAGCUAAAAGAAGAUCGAAUGCAAGUGGCCCAAGGACGACUGGCAGAUAUGAGAGUGGUACUGGCGUGUGCCCUCCUCUCCCUCCUGUCUUUGUCGCACGGCUGCCCAAAGGAGUGUGUCUGCAACAGCAACACCAAAGUAGUAGACUGCCGGGGUCGAGGCCUGUAUGACAUCCCCCGACGACUGCAUCCAGACACCCAAGAACUAUAUCUCCAAGAUAACCGCAUCAGGGGCCUGGGCUCAAUGGCUUUUCGAGAAAUACCCCUUGUGCGCAUUCUCGAUCUGUCUAAUAACUCUAUAACGUCCGUUUCACCAACUGCUCUGCUGGGUCUCAGAACUCUACAGCGCCUCAGCCUGGCCAACAACAACCUGAGAGAGCUUGACAAGCGGUUGCUUGGACCUAUCCGCUCGCUUUCACACCUUGACCUCUCACACAACAGCCUGUGGGGCUUUCCCGGAGCCAUGGGGGACAGUUUGAGGAACCUAAGCCACCUGGGGCUAGCGCAUAACCGGCUAACGCGAGUGGAUCGCUCCCUGUUGGAGGCUCUGACCCGCCUGGACAGCCUCACACUUCGAGGCAACCCCUGGAGGUGUGACUGCCAGCUCAUGGGCCUCAAACUCUGGCUGGAGAGCUACAUCUUUAAAGGUGGAGUGGUGGAUGAGGUGAUUUGCUCACAGCCAGAAGAAAUGAGAGAGAGAGACCUGCAGAAGGUCCCCUACCAGCUCUUCCAUGCUUGCAUGACCACAAGCUACCAUUACCUGUUUGCGAACAUACACCACCUGGAAUCUGAGAGGUUACUGCGAGGCCACACCCAUGGCAACCAUGCUCAUCCCUCCAGCCACGCUCUCCACAUCCCCAUGGCAAUGGGGGAGGGAUUUGGUGGUGGGGGAGGAGGGGGAGGAGGUGGAGGGGGAGGGAGUGUUCCAGAGUGUGAACCUAAGCAGCGGCAUCGGCCUGUCAACUUGCGCCACGCAAUCGCCACAGUGAUCAUCACUGGCGUGGUGUGUGGGAUCGUGUGUCUGAUGAUGCUGGCUGCAGCAGUGUACGGCUGCGCCUACGCUGCUAUCAUGGCCAAAUAUCAGCGGGAGCUAAAGAAGAACGAGGAGCUGGCAGCAGCGCAGAGGGCAGAUCAUGCCACGGCAGAUGAGAAGGAACCACUGGAGAAUGCUAUCGCCUAGGAGACGAUAACAUGAACCCUGGACAUAAAAACCUGGGCCUCAACCCUUUAACCUAAUCCUCUCUGGGUGCCAUGUGCGUGUUAGUGCAUGAGAAAAAAACAGAAAGAGAGGGACAUUCUUUAUGUGUGAGUGUGUGUAUGUUCACCUCCUGUCUGAGACUUGGGUAGCUAAACUCCACAGGUAUUUGACUAUGCACUGAUGAGAAGAGUAUCUUCUACUGUAUGCGGGUUUGAGGGGCAGGCCAAAGAGUCCCAUAAGGAAUCAAUUCCAUUUUGUCCUAGAAAUGCAUAUCACAGAUAUGAACAAAUCGCUAUAUAUUUAUAAUUGUGUAUUUGUAGGUAUUAUAGUAAAGCUCUGGUAUUUAAAAAAAAAAAAAAUAGACAUCAGAGUUUGGUUGUCUUCUGCUCUUUUGAGUGUGAUUUUGAGGUCAUUUUGAAAACUCAUAGUAGGCAGCUGCUGUCAGUUAAGUUCUGUUCCAAGUUGUUUGUAUCAUUAAUGUGAGAGCGUGAGAACAAGAGUCGUCGUUUGUGUCGGUGUUUCAUCUGUGCUUGAGUGUGUGUGUGUGUGCGCGUGCGUGUGUGUGUGUACGCACAUGUUUAUAGAGAAUUUAAGAGUUUGUGCCUAAUAACGUGAUUUAGUUUUGAGGAAGAAAUAUGUUUUCAUAGAGGAUAUUUUUCUGACGACUGAAGGGGAGAUUCGUUGAAGCAAUAAUGAAACAAACUAAAACGAAAACAACAACACAA